AUGGCGCCGGAUGGGCACUUUCGGGCACGGAUAUUCGAGAUGCUGGCCGGGUCGUCGAUCGAGGAUGAUGCCUUCGCCGGCAUCGACCACAUCCCCCAGUUCCCGGCCGGUGGCGACGGUCUUGGGAGUCGGGUCAGUGGGCCCAUCGACACCGAUGCCAGCACUCUUAUCAGGACCCUGGUCGAUGCUCGUGCCGGAACAGGUGUCUGUGCCGGUGUCGGUCUCGGUGCCGAUGCCAGUGCCGGCGCCAAUGGCGGCGACCAUGACGAUGACAUAUACGGCAGCGGCCCCAACGUCCUGGCCCGCCGCGCGCCACCGGUGACAAUCAACAAGACUAGCCUCCCGGCUUUGCUGCUAGCGAGCCAGCUCGAGCGCCUCCCGCCUCCCGGCAGCUCGCUUGCCCGGAGCGUGUGCCCCUUUCAAGGCCUGCCGGUGGCAGGCUUCAUCCGGGUGAAUAUCGCGCACUCGCUGCUGCAUGGGCGCAACCAUGUCAAGCUCUUUGAAGAAUUGAGUUUUUCUAUCUGCCUGGCCAAUGCCCUGCGUGUGUUGCGGGUUGAGUACCUCGGCUGGGUCGACCUGCUCACCGCGGUGAGCCGCUGUCCGCGAGGGGCACCGCGCUUUUGGCCCGAUGCCGCUGUCACCGGGAUCACGCACCUCCCCCCGGGCUUCGACGUCCGCCAAGUGCGAAAGCCCUCCGAGCGGGCCUGCUUCCCUUCCUCUUUCGACCGGCCCGGCUGCCCGGAUGUCCAGGGGCAUUUCCGCCGGAUGUCCAUGCGGCCAGCCUUUGGCCAGGCAUUUGCGAGCGUGCACUCCGGCAACAGGGCUACCAUGACGGCCAGCCCGCCGUGUUCCAUGACCGAGGUCCGCCCCGACACGGUCAUCUUUGACAAGACGCCGGCCGUGUCCAGCCCCGUCCCCUUUGAAUGCCGCCUGCCUUGCGCCCAUGCGCGUCUGGCUCUGACCCCGGACAGCUACAUCUGUCUGAGGGUGCUUCGCCGCCCGGCCAGGCCCUUCGCCCUGCUGGAGCAUCGCCAUCGGGAUCGCAGCAUCUCGGACCACACCUUCGGGCGGAUGGCACCUGCAAGCCGGCAGCCCGGGCUCCUGAGCCGCCGGACCGUCCGCUCGGCGGCGCCCUGA